GUUGAUACGAGCACAGUCGCACUUCGGGCGCAGCGCGCGCGACGCGCCAUCAUAGUUUAUUGACAUACGCUUCGCCGGCAAGAAGCUCGUUAACAUGUGAACUGUGAAGAACUUAUAUUUGUAACAAUUUAAUGUAUGUGUGAUUAUGUGUAAAUAGGCAAUUCGGAAACCUCGUUCUUUGGAAUUUUUAGCAUAUUUUAUAUGUCUGUUCAUAUCUGUUUUAUUAAUUGAAACAGUUAUUGAUCAGCAGUAAUUAUAAAUGCUAAACUACCUCUGCAGAAAAGGUCAAAAAUUUAUGAACUCCUUUACUAUAUAAAUUGCAACGAAUUAGGCACCUACACUUUGUAUUAAGGUACCAACAAAAACUUAAUUGCAUGAAUAUUUUUAAAGUUCUCAUUUCUCAUAUUCUAUCCUCGUAGAAUUGAUUCAAAUUAGAGGAUCAAGUCACGGAUUUGUACCUAAGGCUUCUAAUACAUGUCAAAAAUACAAUUUGAAUCUAAAAAGUGUAAGCGUACAUUUAAAUUCUGAGAACCGUAGCCAUAGACAGAAUACGUUUUUCGCUUGCAGAUAAGUAUUGUUUUGUAAAUGUGAUAUUACGGCAGUGGUGGUAGAUGUGACGAAUCAAGUGGUAGUUGGUGCAGCGUGCAUAUGGGGCAAUGCGUGUCCCGGAGUCAUCCGGGCCCGUACACCUUCUCCCGUCAUUACGACGCUGAGAGCAUCGCAAGCAGUGUCAGUGGUUUCGGAAGAAAGGGUCACUCUGAAUCUAAGGGUGCAAAGAAAAGAGACAAGAGUGUCGGUAACGGGAAUAGCAAGCCAAGCCGCGGGGUAGCAACUUCUUUCGGCUUCAGGCGACGCCCGGCCAGCACCUCGCGCGCUGACGACAACGCCAGAAGGAAGCAAAAACCGCACGAUAAAAAUGGAAAUGGCGGUUCUACUGAAGACCUGCGGGCAGAGGAGGUGUUGUCGGGCCGGUCGACACCCCUCGCGCGACCCCGCAAGGAGGCCGCGGGACAGCCAUUACGGACAAACAGGUUCGGUUUCAGGCAGCCGCACACCAAAACGGCAAAGGUGGGCGACGUGAGCCUCGCCGCCGAACACGCGUUCGGCCUCACCGCUAAGGAUAAGGAAACGGCCAUCAACAACAAUGCAUUAGAUAAGAAAACUACAAGUACAAAUUACGCUAAUCAACUACCGCUGGUUGCGACACAAGUGUCGUCCACGGGUCAGACUACUAUCGUGGGGGCCGCUGGAGUACCCAAGACGGUUACCAAGCAAACGGUAAUACUGACGUAUCAACCGCAACAAUACUCCGUGCAGCAGGAUGGUCGGGCUAAGCCUCCAUCACGGUCAGGAGAACAAAACAUGGGUCGUGGUGGAACUGCGCCUCGGAGUCAAGCUCUGUCAGAUAUACAAAAACCUCCUGGGAAGUACACCUUCCAAACUAACCAGUUGCCACGGCCGCAGUAUCCGUCUAUUAAAAACAUCGAUACUAAAACUGCUAAACAGGUGGUUAAUAAUACAAGGAAGGCGGGUGGCUCAGAAGGAUGGAGAGAAGGUGCAGGUUCUGCAGUGUCAACUGACUCUGGUGUGUGGACUGGUGGUGAAGGUGGAAAUGGCGGGGAGGGCUCCCCACACUCGCGUCAUCGCCCUCGGAACCUCGAGAUGGUGAUGAAAGGUUCUCACAGUUUCCAUCUGAGAGAACUACAAGUCGCUGAUCUUGACAUUAUGGAUGAAGCCGUUGUGACUGGCCACGCAGUGAUACCCUUACCAAAGCUACCAAGCUCAUUUGACGACGAACUCACACCAGAAUAUGAGACUCCUGUACCAACGUACAAGCCUCCUUCGCCCAUUCUUCCUAAACCGAGUGCAGUAGCUGAGUCCUCGCAGAGAAAUAAUUCACCGAUGUCAACCCUGGACCGGUAUAGGACAAGGUCGAGGCCGACCAGAAUUUUAACUAAUGUGGAGUACAAAGACGAAGAGAAAUUCGUGCUUGACAGGGCGCAGCCUGAAAAAUUGAAUAAACAGAAUUCGUUCGUAAAAUCUUUGAGCGGUGUGGGCUCUCCAACCACAGUGAGCUCUAGUAAGGAAUCAAGUCCGUCAUGUAAAAGUGAAGAGAGCCACUUUGGAAAUAGCAGCGCUUGGCAGAGUCACGCCGCAGGGGAAGCUAUGGCCACUAGAUCGCAAGACGACGUAUCCAUUGCAUUAAGCGUUUCCAGCUGUGAAGACGAAAAAUCUAAAUUUGACGCAAAAGAGAAUCAAAAAGCUGAAAUGGAUAUACCGAAGAAAACUAUUGUCAUAUUAGACGAGCCACCGGUGCCGCAUCCACUUUUAAUGAAAUCAAUAACCCUGAACCAGCACGACUCGCUACGAGGCACUAUGAUGGGAUCGAUGACAAGUUCCAACUAUAGCACGACCAGUACAUGCACAAAUCAAAGUGGCGACCAUCACAACCUGACUCUCACACUCGAAGACUCCAAAUUUGACAUGUCCGCACUAGAAACUUCAACCCAAAGCCUACUUGAUGACGAGACAUCGCCUGCAGACAGUCUGAUAUCUUCCACUAGUACUAGUGACUCCAAUAAUGAUUUGCAAGCUGAUAGAGAUGCACCUUCCAUCUCCUCGGCCUACCAGACCGCAAAUACGAAGACCAAGUCUCCAGAACCUAUUGGUGGACUACAAGAUGGCGUAGACGGAGAAACAAUGGCGCCGGUAAAUGGAAUGAAUGAGGUGACACGUGGUAGUGUGGAAGGAAGCAAAAACGCAUCUCCUGCAUCCCCUGGAACUCCAGGAACACCUACACACGCUUCCGGAUCACUUUCGUUAUCCGACGGACGAGACUUCUUCGAUGAUGAAAUAGCAGACCAGCCUGCACUUCUUUUUCGUAAAAACACGGACGGUAGCCCAUCCAGUAAAGCGGUUGAUUCUGAAGUUAACAGACAGUUAAGGAGGUCAAGGGAACGAAUUACAUCAAGUCCGCUUGCACAAAGAAACCGAAAAUUAUGCGGUAUCCGUAACGGCGCAACAGAACGCACCCCUUCCUUGGACACGCUGUCAAGUCUUGCAUCUGAUGACCUCAUGAUGGACAAUGACCUAGCGCAAUCCAUCACCAGUCUACAAAGCGUUGAUGAUUAUAUUGAAAGGCUGGAUAGCUCCCUACGCAGUGGACUAAACUCGUUGGACGAAAGGCAGCUACGUCAGGAGUUAUCCUCAUCCAAGACAGCGAUACGCCAAUGGAGUCAACUGCUUGAACAAAACAACAUGCUGGACCGACAGCUCGCGGCAAUGGCGCAGGGGAAGAGCGCGCCAGAUUCGCUCACUGCCAGCAAUACAAGUCUUUCCAACAUCGGAGCCAGCCUGCCAGUGCGCACGGCGCGGUUGCUACAACGUUCCCGCACACAAACGCCGUCAGAGGGCGGCACCAGCGAUGGAAACGUAUCACCCGCGCCCGCUUCACUCUUGCAGGACGUGGUUGACAUCAAAACACUCCUACUGCAGCUCAAGCGGGUCUUACAGGAGCCAGGGGACGAGCAUCAUACGAUGAGUAGCGAGACUCUCGACCCGUUGCUGGCGGCGUGCGCGGAGAGCCCCGCGCGCGGCAACGGGCGCCGCCCCCCUCCCCAUCACCCGCACCAUGCGCCCGCACCCCGCGCCGCCGACCCCCUGCCACCUGAUGCUUGCGCUGAGAUGCGCCGCCAGAUAGUUUACUUGCAGGGCCAGCUAGAAGAGCGAGAUCGGCUGGUGCGCGUGUUGCAGCAACAGAUGCUGCGCAUGGCGGAGAACCACGAGCCGCGCGCCGACGAUACCUGUAACGUCGCCACUCAGACCGAUCGGUUGCGGCCGCCGAUGAGCACAGCGUUGACGAGCUCUGAAAAUUCUGGAUUAGUGAGUUGGAAUGAGCAAGCUAGCGCAAGGAAGUUGCCGUCGUACAGUGAAGCACAAAAGACUAAAAGGCCUGUUGUUAACGGGACCGCGAAACAGUGCCAGUGCGGCGCGAGAAAAGUGAACGGAGUGUUGAACGGGGUCGAGCUGCGUGGUAGCCGCGUCGGCUCCCAGUACUUGCAAGCAGUCGCCCGCGCCCGGCGUGACAGCUCUGCAGACCGGCCCCAUCCAAGUAGGUCGCGAUCCAUCGAGAACUUCUCUAACUCUUGUCAACUUUACCCGACCGAGCCGGCCCUCGUCACGCACGUCAUAGACGAGCACUCGCCUAUCAAGCACCACACGUCAUACGGCGACUUAUACAACGGCAGGAUCGGCAGCAAGGAAAGCGUCAACGGCAACAGACACAGUCCUGGCUUGAACGGACAGUCGACCGACACGGACUACAGCUCCGACGGGGGCUACAAGUCGCUGCCGUCGUCAAUCAAUUGUCAGUCGCCGAAGAAAGUGAGCGGCAUUCCUCGGAGGUCGUUCGACCAAAAAUUCUCCACAAAGCACGUUAAGGCGAGCGCCGUAUAGUGCAGCGACGGCCGCUACGGUCCUGACUCAAUCGAGUCGAUCGAUUGUAUACGAUCGAUUCAAGAGAUACCGACACAUGGCGUGGGUCCCGAUUGUGAUAUUGCGUGAUUAUGAAGCAGACUUUAGACAAUCGAUAUUUGUAUUGUUUGCACAUCAAAGACAUUAGAGUACAUCGAUAGCUGAGCUUGUUUGUUGAAUGUCUAAGGUUUGUUUGGAGUGGGCGUGACAUUUCGCGGUAUUGUGCCAUCGGUGCUCGGUGUCACGAUACAAAGAGCAACGCUAGUGCAACGCUUGUUCGCAUUUAAUUUCGACUCAUUACGAGGCUAAUGAUUAAUUAAGCUACGUUUAGUUGUCGGAUGCCAAAUUAUAAUCGAUGUAAUGUACCAGUCCAAUGGUUAUAAAGUUACGAUUAUUAUUGUGAGUUCGUCGUUUGACUUGAAAUACGACUUGUUCGUUUCGUAAUCAAUUUGCUUAUUGCAUUUUUAAUAUAUUAUUUAAAACAAUAUCCUGACCUCCCUGUAUAGUAGAUAAUGGAUUCACAUGAACAAGUAAUAAUUUUGUACAUUUAAUUUACAAAUUUGUAUACAGGCGGUAAACAUUGUCUUAGAUUUUCUAUGAUAGAGAAACUAGUAGUUAAAGCUGUAAUAUGUGAUACGAUAAGAGUGGCUGUAAGAAGUUGUAUUUAAUUUUUACAUUAUAUCUUCCCUGUUAACCACCUAAGUAUUAUAUCAUACAUACAUUAUGUACCUAUUGUAACUAUAUCGUAUUGUUAGAUUGGUCUUAUACAUUUUUGUAUCUAUUAUUUGCUAUUGGAAAUGAUUUGACGUCAGACAUGUAGGUAUCAUAUAGACUUCUACAAAAAUAAUUUUAAGAAGUGUAAUGAAUUUUCAAAACAAAAUGUCAUUGAGUGUUAAUUGUAAUUUUGAACUUAAUCGAUCAUAGUUGUUCUUUCUUCCGCAGAGCCUAAUUAAGUGUCCUAUAUUGAUACCUAGAAAUUUAACAUAAUUACAUUAUUAUAUCGUGUAACAAAAUUAUCAACAUACUUGAAUUCUGCAUAUUUACGGCUACCUAUAUAUUAUUAUGUUCACUACAUUGCGCUUUCCUACGUUAGUUAUGUAAGUCUAAGCCGAUUAGCAUAGUGAAAAUUAUAUUACCUAAUUUAAAAGAUUGAAGUUGUUUCAAUAAAUAAUUUUAAUUUUGA